CACCGCACGCACGCGUUUCACCCACCCGCCACUCCGUCACAGUCACCCCCCUCUCUCCCACGCCCACACCACUGCGCCGCACACCAGCACCACGCACCCACCGAUCCCACCGAUCCCACGCCCACGCGCUACGCACCCGCUUCCGCGGCACAGGAACGCUGCGACGCCGUUGGGCACACGUUCCGCGCUGCUGGGUCGGGGUCUUGGGCUGCGUGUGUGCAUGUGUAUGUACGGAUGGAAGGGUGGGUAGAUGAACGAAGCUAUAUGUAGUAUAUGUGUGUAUGUGUGUGCGUGCAGAGGGAAAUGCGUUCGCAUGUACACACACGGAGUGAGAUCUGUAUCUGUCAGCCACGACCGCACGCAGACACCAACUGCUUUAAUCCAUCCAUUCCGUUCCGUUCGGUUCCAUUUCCCCCAUCCAAUCCCAAUCUACACAACACCUAUACCACGUCCCACGCACGUAGCCCGUUUUCCCAACCCUUAAAUGCAUGGAGCCGCCAGGCAACGAACGAGACAUCGAAAAACGAGAGAGAAAGGAAAGAACGAUCCUAUGCAGAAACACUCUCUCCACGCAAGCAAGCAAGCAAGCAAGCAAAGCAAACCCAAAACGAGAGAAGAUGCCAUGCCUUGCAGUGCAAUCCAAGCCCCAAAACAGAAAGAAAGAGGAAACAAGGAAAAAGAAAGACCGUACAUGCAUGCUCGCUCCAUCACUGCCUAUCCCAUCCCACCGCACCACUUCCCCAAAAGCCCCUUCAUUACACAGCCCCCUCACACGCACAUGAUUACGACAAAAGAGAAAACGAGAAAAAGAACCCAACCCCACCAUUUUUUAUACCAUCGACGUUUUUUCAGCCCCGACUAUUCGAUUUUUUUUAUUUUUUAUUUUUAUUUUUGUUGCUCUUGCACUUUCCGCACCGUUUUGACGCGCCCGCCUUGAUGCCCUCCCCAAAGAAAGGCAAACCACGCAAACCCAACCAACCUCACAAGCCCAACAAGCGCGCUCGUCCCUUUUUUUCGUUCUGGAAAACGAUGUUGAGCAUGAGGAAAGAGGAAGACGACCACGAAGAGGAAUAGGAAGAGCACCGUUAUGCAUGCGCGUGCAUAAAAAGAGCAAGAUGCGAGACGAAAUAAAUAAAUAAAUAAAAAAAAAUAAAAAAAAAAAAUAAAAAAAAAAGUA